CGAUUCCUGAAGCACGAGCGAUCUGCGGCCGCGUACUCAGGUCGAGUGGAACCGCAGAAGAACGGAAUAAAAACCGAACAGGACAACGAAGGAGACUUUCAUGCGUCUACUACUUCUCGUAGUAAAAGGACGCCGAAGUGGUCGAACUCUAGCUCUACUUCGUCGAACGGAAGCUCCUCUUCUCGCCAAG